UCCUCAUUCCUAGGCUGGACCGCUGUACUGAUCUCAGUUCCCGUCCGCCGAGACCCUACGACUUAGAAUUUUAAAUCCAUAGAUAUCGAAGGAGGCACCUCUGGUAACUACCUAUUCCCUCCCAUUACAGCAGCCGGGCCCACGCUUCUCCUACAGGGCCGCGAGCUGACUUUUGAGUCGACUCUUGACCUCAUACUCCUCUUUAGAGUCCUACAAGUAAUUAGCUACUCCCUCCCAUGGCAGCAGCGGGGCCUACGCUGCUCCUAGAAAGCCGCGACGCGCAGGAGCGGCGCGAGUGGCGGCGGUCGAAGGCGGCGGAGUUCGAGGCGCAGGUGGACGCGCUGCCGUACGUGGACAAGGAGUACGAGGACCCCGCGGUGCGCGCAGAGGUGAACCGCCUCGUGCAGGAGGAGAUGCGGCGCAGCACGCGCACGCCCGCGGACAUACUCGCGGAGCUCCCCCCUGUGCCGGAGCUGAGGACUGAGCUCGUCCCGAUGUUCGCCCGAGAAUGCGAGAGAGUAAGGGCUGGCAGGCCUCCUACUCUGGCAGUUGACACAGGGCGGUAUGAGAGCGCGGGGAAAGCACCGGGAGGGCGAGGGGCGGAGGACCCAAAUGCGUGGAAAGGAGCAGUUAAGGCUGCCAUGGUGCACCUGCAGCACCAGGAUGCAAGGCAUGAGAACCUGGAUCUGAUGCUUCGCUUUGGCCCCAACGCAUGGAGAGUGCACAACCAGCAUCUAGAGGCCUUUCUAGCCAAGGCACAAAUGGAGGUGGUGGAGAGGAAGCGAGAGAUUGAGCUGCUCAACCGAGACAGGCGCCUCAACCAGCAAGCAGCAGCGGUGGAGCUGGGGCGGCUAGAGCAGGCGUGGAAGGACGGCGUGCAGAAGAACGCAGACAUUCAGACGGCAUGCUGGCAGCUGGAGGCUGAGAUUGCUGGUUUGAAAACGGAGGCCGAGGCGCUAGGCAUCAUUACUGAUGAUUCCAUGCAACAAGAUUGAGCUUUAGGUAGCCCAUAGGUGUCGAGGGUGUGAUUUUGACUUAUAAUUGUUUUUGUUGGGAAAGCAUUUAGGUUGUGGCCCAAUAUUCCGUUAUCGAGAAAGCUUGCUUCUUCUUAGUGCAAUUGGCAUCGUUCGCAUUUCACUGGCAUCAAGUACAAUAUAUCAGUACAUCAACC